AUGGACCAUGCCACCCGCUUCGCGACCACAAAUGAUGCCGAAGCCAUCAUCGAUCUGUCAAAACGUGUCCAAGCAGCUCUCAUUGCCACUGGUAGUCUGCAAGAGGUGGGACCACUGGACGAGGAGAGCGUGAACGACGCGAUCGAGAAGCAGCGUAGCUUUGUUCUAGACACCCCAGACAUAUCAUACGAACGCUGCAUCAUAGGCUGUGCAUUCUUCAAGCCCGUCGGACAAGACUGCUUCGUAACAACUUCGACGUUCACAAUGAACGACUACCAAAAGCCAUUGCUGUUCCUCUACUGGGUCAUGCUCGAGCCAAGUCAGGGUAUAGGCUCAAGCUUUAUCGAAGAAGUGCUGAAUGGCAUGCGGUCGAAUGGGCACAACAAUGGGACUCCUCUUCUGCUUGAUUGUUGGGCCGGCAACACCAAGCUGCGUACAUUUUACACUCAUUUGGAUCUUACGUUCGCAGCCAUCGUGCCACAGGAAGACUACGAGAUCGGUGUGUUCUACCUCGACCUUGCCGACCUGCACGGAUCAUAA